AUGAUAACUUUUGCCAAAUGCAAUGAAGAGACAACUCAAAAUAUUAAAAAGCCCCUGCUUAACUUUCGACGACAAGUUGAGGAGCUGCCAGAUGAGUCAACAUCAGAACGAAAUGAAGAAGACGCAAAUAUUAAUUUAGUAGCGUUCUUAGUUAAUAAUGUGAAAGAAAUUUUUGGCGUGGAAGCAACAACAACUUCAUUAGAAAAAACAAGAGCUACUAAUGCAACAAUGGUUAUUUCGAAAAUAACUAAUAAAACAAUAAGUACGAUAAAACCUAACACAACUACUACUGCCCCUAUUACAAGAACUACACAUUUAACAAAUGUAACUUUUGCAACGCGUACAACCACUGCUAACCUAACCACUGCUAUUGUUACCACUACUAACUCUGUUUCUAAAUCUACUGUAAACAAGAAAAGUAAACAAACCGAAUUAUUUAAUUUAACAAACAAUAUCGACAUAAUAGAGAAAAAGAGAAGAGCUCAAAUAAAGGCUAAAACAAAACCAAAAAUUAAUUUGUAUAUUGAGCCUCCUUUUCCCAACAUGACUGAUCUAAACCCUCCAAGAAGAUCUUGUAUCGUAUGUAACAAUGUUCAGUUGCAAGAAUGUAAUGAUCCUAAAAAUAAGCUGAUUCCAUCUGUAAUUUGUGAUCAUGAAGAAGAUCUAUGUUACUCCCAGCAAACACCUUUUGGGCUAAUAGACCGUGGAUGUUUCAAUGGUAACCUGAAUUUAACAACGUACGUGUGCUCCUGCAACCUUUGCAAUUAUAUUUCAAUCUCUGAAAUGCCAUACAUAUUUUCUAAAAAAAAGGAUUGGAUAGAAAAUGUCAUAGAUCUUACACGAUCAAAAAGCUUUCGUACAUCAAUUUACAAAGAUAUGUCUUGUUUGAGCUGCGAAGUUAAUUCUACAACAAAAACACUGGACAUGUUAGACAACGCUCUCUGCUUGGAGGGUAAUAUGUAA